UUGCAUUCCAAAGCCCCGCCCCCGUUGCCCCUAGCGGCUGUUUGUUGACUUCCGGGAACGCGGAAGUCCGGAGUUUCGCCAUGAGCAACGGGGCCGUUUCUGCGGCCCGCGUCGGGGCAUAGUGGCGGCCUUAACCCGGACCAAGCAGUCCUCGACUGCCUGUACCACUUUUGGCAUGAGGGAGCCUGGGGAGCUGAUGCCCAAUUCGGGUGCUGUGUUUAUAUUUGGGAAAAGUAAAAUUGCUGAAAAUAUUCCUGGUAAAUUCUGGUUUAAAAAUGAUGUUGCUGUACAUCUUUCAUGUGGAGAUGAACAUAGUGCUGUUGUUACAGGAAAUAAUAAACUUUAUGUGUUUGGCAGUAACAACUGGGGUCAGUUAGGAUUAGGAUCAAAGUCAGCCGUCAGCAAGCCAACAUGCGUCAAAGCUCUAAAACCUGAAAAAGUGAAGUUAGCUGCCUGUGGAAGGAACCACACCCUGGUGUCAACAGAAGGAGGCAAUGUAUAUGCAACUGGGGGAAAUGAUGAAGGACAAUUGGGGCUUGGUGACACUGAAGAAAGAACCACUUUUCAUCGAGUUAGCUUUUUUACAUCCCAGCAUAAGAUUAAACAGCUCUCUGCUGGAUCUAAUACUUCAGCUGCCCUAACUGAGGAUGGAAGACUUUUUAUGUGGGGUGACAAUUCCGAAGGACAAAUUGGCUUACCAAAUAUACUUAAUGCCUGUGUCCCUCAUCAAGUGACCAUUGGGAAACCUGUCUCCUGGAUCUCUUGUGGAUAUUACCAUUCAGCUUUUGUAACAACAGAUGGUGAGCUGUAUAUAUUUGGGGAAUCUGAAAAUGGAAAGUUAGGUCUUCCCAAUGAGCUCCUGAGCAAUCACAGAAUACCCCAGCUGGUGCCUGAAAUUCCUGAGAAGGUGAUCCAAGUAGCUUGUGGUGGAGAGCAUAGUGUGGUUCUCACAGAGGAUGCUGUGUAUACCUUUGGGCUGGGACAAUUUGGUCAGCUGGGCCUUGGCACUCUUCUUUUUGAAACUUCAGAACCCAAAGUUGUUGAGAAUAUUGGGAAUAAAACAAUAAGUUAUAUUUCUUGUGGAGAAAAUCACGCAGCUUUGUUAACAGAUAAUGGCCUUAUGUAUACUUUUGGAGAUGGUCGCCAUGGAAAAUUAGGACUCGGACUGGAGAAUUUUACCAAUCAGUUCACUCCCACUUUGUGCUGUAAUUUUUUGAAGUUUGUAGUUAAAUUGGUUGCUUGUGGUGGAUGUCACAUGGUAGUUUUUGCUGCUCCUCGACCUGGUGUGGCAGAAGAAAUUGAAUUCGAUGAAAUAAAUGAUACUUGCUUAUCUUUUCUGCCCUUUGGCAAUUUAACCUCAGGAAAUAAUGUACUGCAGAGAACUCUAUCAGCGCGGAUGCGGCGAAGAGAGAGGGAGAGAUCUCCAGAUUCUAUUCCAUUGAUAAGAACACUACCUCCAGUAGAAGGAACUCUUGACCUUUCUGCUUCUUUUUCCCACAAUUCACUCUUUCCAUGUUGUUCUGAGAAUGACCGUCUAGAGAGAAUCUUACCUGAAGAGGACCUCAUGCAGCCAGAGGAACCAGAUAAUUUUCAAGAUGAAAUGACCAAAGAAGCAGAGAUAGAUAAUUUUUCAACUAUAGGAAGCCUUGGAGAAUCUACUGAUAUCUUAAACAUGACACACAUGAUGAGCCAGAAUUCUGAUGAAAAGUCAUUAAAAUUGUCACCAGUUCCAAAACAAAAGAAACAGCAAACAAUUGGGAAUCUGAUGCAGUGUACGGCUCUUACUGAAAACGAUAAUAGUGAUGAAUGUGAAGAGAUGUCAGAAAUGAAAGAAGGGAAAGCGUGUAAACAACAUGUGUCACAAGAUAUCCCAGAGGAGAAGGAAGGAGCAGAGGAUUCAAGAGGCAAUGGAAUAGAGGAGCAAGAGGUAAAAGCAAAUGAGGAAAAUGUCAAGGUGCGUGGCAGAAGAAAGGAGGUAACAGAGAUCCUCUCAGAUGAUCUUACAGACAAAGCAGAGCAUCAUGAAUUUCCUGAAACUAUAGAAGCAAAACUAGAAGAUGUGGAUGAGGAAAUUAAUGUUGAAAAUCUGGAAAGCCAGAAGAAAACUGUGGGAGAUGAUGAAAGUGUUUCUGCAGGUGACCACAGUAAAGCAGAAGGAGGAGAAAGAGCCAAUGAUAGCUCAGCUGAAACCAUUAAAAAGAAAGAAAAAGUCAACCUAGAGAAACGGGCCAUUUGUGAAUACAAUGAAAACCCAAAAGGAAACAUGCUUGAUCAUGCCAAAAGCCGUUCAUUAGAAAUCCGGAAUAAAGGAUCAACACCAAGCAAAGACAUGAAAAAACUGAAGGUAAGUGAAAUGAAUUAUCCUUUUUAAUGCUAAGACCAAAGU